AUGACAAACAUGUUAUUGAGACGCUCAAGCUGUGCUUUCCAGACGAGCCUGUCGGCUUUGCGGUCCAAUCGAACACGACCUGGCCAUGUUCGACAACUAGCAACUGCGGCAUCGAGUGCAGAUGCGUCUAAUCUACCUCUUGCCGGCAUCAAAGUCCUUGACAUGACAAGAGUGCUCGCUGGACCGUAUUGCACGCAAAUACUAGGUGAUCUUGGAGCGGACGUGAUCAAAAUCGAACAUCCAACAAGGGGAGAUGACACACGAGCAUGGGGGCCGCCCUACGCCAAGUACACCGAUGAGCAAGAAGGGCCGGGAGAGAGUGCAUACUACCUGGGCGUCAAUCGCAACAAGCGGUCGAUAGGUCUGUCCUUCCAGCAUCCAGCUGGUGUAGACAUUCUACAUCGUCUGGUCAAGGAAUGUGACGUGCUUGUUGAGAACUACCUCCCGGGAUCUCUGGCAAAGUACGCCAUGGACUAUGACACCGUCUCAAAGAUCAAUCCGGGUAUCAUCUACGCCAGCAUCACAGGUUACGGACAGACUGGACCGUACAGAAACAGAGCAGGCUACGAUGUCAUGGUUGAAGCCGAAAUGGGUCUAAUGCAUAUAACUGGAGCUCGUGAUGGGCCACCUGUAAAAGUAGGCGUAGCAGUAACCGAUCUCACGACCGGUCUCUACACCUCCAACUCCAUCAUCGCUGCUCUCUUCCGGCGCCUGAGAAACCCAAGCAGCAAGGGCCAACAUAUCGACGUCGCCUUGUCAGAUUGCCAAGUUGCCACACUAGCAAAUAUCGCCAGCUCUUGCCUCAUUAGUGGGAAGCGCGACACUGGGCGCUGGGGGACCUCACACCCGUCGAUCGUACCGUAUAAAGCCUUCAAGACAUCUGACGGGGAUAUCCUGCUGGGAGGAGGUAACGAUAGACUGUAUGGUGUGCUAUGUAACAAGCUGGGAAAGCCUGAAUGGAUUAUUGAUGAUAGAUUCAAGACGAACGCGUUGAGGGUUCAACACAGGGAUGAAUUGGAGGAACUUAUUGAAAGAGAGACGAGAAAGAAGAGUACACAGGAGUUGCUAAACUUGCUAGAGGGAAGCGGAAUGCCAUACGCUGCUAUCAACGACGUACAGGAUACACUGAACCACGAACACGUCCUCGCAAGAGACAUGGUCAAGCAAGUAGAUCACCCAGCAUGCGGACCUAUCAAACUAGUCAACACGCCCGUGAAAUGGUCCGAUUCGACGCCUGGCAUACGUCUUCCUCCACCCACCCUGGGCCAGCAUACGGACGAGAUACUUGGUGAAACACUGGGUAUGAGUCAAGAAGAGGUGGAAGGUCUGCGCAGUGGAGGAGUUCCUCCGUCGCGACCCUCGAGUUCGUUGUUCGAUGUCUUUCUGCGUCUGCGCCCAUCCAACUCUGGGAGUGCGCGCUUCCUCAACGUCGAAGAGAGCGAGAGCAGCCAUGCCACGCACAUCACCAUACAACCGCCUACCCAAGACAAGCGCAAGCGCGCUGUUGAACGAUUCGCCUUUACACAAGUCUUUGAGGAAGAUGCGCGACAAAUGGAUUUGUUCAAGGGCACUGGUGUGGUUCCCAUGAUUGAGGGCGUCAUGGGCACACCAGGCCACCACGGGCGAGACGGACUGCUGGCAACCCUGGGCUGCACUGGAUCGGGCAAGAGCCAUACGAUCCUUGGUACCAAGUCCCAGCGCGGCCUCGUCCAGAUGACGCUGGAUACUAUCUUCCAAGCAUGCGACGAGCAGCUUGUACAGUCCUUCUAUGGUGCUCCGGCAUUCUCUUCACUGGCAGCAGCAGAUGUGUCUGAAGCGCAAAUGUUCACAGCAACCGCAUACAUCGACUCAAUGUACGGUGACGAACAGUCCGGACGCUACUCACGAGCGCAGACCCCCAUGGCAGACUGUAGUAUAUUCUCCACAGGAAGCACGUACAAAUCAAAUAAGAUGCCGCGUCCGUCAACGCUACCAUCGUCGCCUUCUGUCGCCGACAUCCAGAUACCCACAGACCCCGACGCAGAAUAUGCCAUCGUCAUGUCCAUGUACGAAGUAUACAACGACCGCAUCUUCGAUCUGUUGAGCGGGAACACGGCAAAGAACAAGCAGCCAAACGUAAAACGAAGGGCUUUGCUCUUCAAGAAUACUGAGAAAAGUCCAGAUCGAAAAGUUGUUGCUGGUCUCACCAAGAUCAUCUGCGGAAGCUUCGAAGAAGCCAUGAUGGUACUGGAGACUGGUCUCAUGGAGCGCAAAGUCACUGGUACUGGGAGCAAUGCUGUGAGCUCGCGAAGCCAUGGCUUCUUCCAUGUCGAGAUCAAGAAGAGGGCUGCAGAACGCAAAGGUCCCUGGUCAAGCAGUAACCUCACCAUCGUUGACCUGGCAGGAUCAGAACGCGCCCGAAAUGCCAAAACUGCGGGCGAGACACUUGCCGAAGCUGGCAAGAUCAACGAGUCCCUCAUGUAUUUGGGUCAGUGUAUGCAGAUGCAGUCCGAUAACCAAGGAGGCUCUAAGAACAUUGUGCCAUUCCGUCAAUGCAAGCUUACCGAACUGCUUUUCUCAAACUCAUUCCCUGCCUCUGCCCGCCAAGCACAAUCGCACCGCCAGCCUCAGAAGUCCAUCAUGGUCGUAACUGCAGACCCCAAAGGCGACUACAACGCCACAUCUCAGAUCCUUCGCUACUCAGCCCUGGCUCGCGAGGUCACCGUGCCGCGGAUGCCGUCUACCUCAGACACGAUCUUCUCUGGUGCGCCACACAAGCGUCCUGGUACAGCUUCGUCAGGCCGCGCGACUCCUUCAGGCCGUACAACUCCUUCGGUCGUCAUGGAAGAGCUCGAAUAUGCCAACGCCGAGAUCGCACGCCUCACAGCAGAAAUGGAAAUCUUCGCCCUUCGCCUUUCCGAAGAGACAGCUCGCCGGAAAGCAGCCGAAUCGUCUUGGGCCGCAGCCGAAGACCACAUGGUGGACCUUGAACAGGAAAUUCGCGACGAAUGUUAUCUUGAGAUGGAAGCAGCCGUCGACCAAGAACGUCGAAGAUGGCAAGCAGCCCUGGACAACGAGCAAGACAACCAGCAAGCACACAUAGAUGCCAAGGUCGACGUCGUCAUCCGAGCAACAAAGGCACAGAUGAAACAAGAUAUCAAGGUUUACGAAGACCCAGAUCCAGAACUCAGAGACAGGGUCGAUGAGCUGGAACGUGAAAACGAGAUGCUACGGGCCAAGUUGGAAGCCAAAGAGCGUGAGACGCAGCAAAGAUCUGCGAGCCCUGUGAAGAAGAUGAGGAUUCUUAAGAGUAAGAAGUGGGAAGAUCCUGAACGCGCAAUGGGCGGAUUGAGCAUCGAUGAUGAAUGAGCGACGACGUUAACGGCUUCAUGAUGAGAGCAUGCAUGGAUGGCGUUUACUGCAUUAUUGAUCUUCUGGUAUGGGUAAUAGGGGUACUUUCAGACCUGUUUCUUGCUUAGCUAUGUUUCUCGAGAUACCACGCCUUUGUUUAAUCGAAUCUUGUUUCACUUUGACUACACGAUCGUUGGAUGAUCGUGUCGUUGGAUUGUAUUAGUGUAAGCGUGCUUCAAGAGCGUC